AUUAACAACAACAGGGUGAAAGGCCAAAAGAGCGAAAGGCAAAGGCCGACUUUGUCUUGCGACCAGGAUACUCGAAUGUUUACCAAGAAAGCACCAAAAAACGUUGUUUGUGAAACGAUCUUGGAAAUAAACGAUAACACUGGGUACGUUAUAACCCUAACACAUUCAAAUAAUGGUUUUAUGUGAUGUUUGAUUUUUUUGCUCGGCCUACACGAAGUAUAGAUAGCUAAAUCAUGUUCAUGGUCAUAGAACAGCAUUUUAAUACAGUAGCACUUUAAAAGAAAACAUAUAGACGAACUGAAAGAAGAGAACUAAAAAAGUUUUCACCAAAAAAAGGUUACAGUUAAUGACCACCUUGAAAUUUCCAAUCUUUGAUGUUACUAAUCUUUUAAGCAUAAAGGAAUCUGCCUAUGGUAGCACGGCGAGAAUAUUCCGUUUGCUUCAUCUUGAGUGUAGCGAUUCAUUAUAUUUGGAUUGCAAAAAAGUAGCUGCUUUUUAGUGCAUAGUUAUGUUAUAUGUUUGUAAGUUAAUUGGUUUGUAAAAAAGGUAUUAACUAAAGAAAUGCAAACCUUGGAAGAUGUGACCUUACCAUACGAUCAUAAGGAAAAGGCAACAACUAUUUCAUUUGGUCUUUUGUCAGAUUUUAUCCCAUACACAAAUCACUUUUGUGUACAAAAAUUGGGAGCCAGAAAAGGCUGUCUUUUUUAGACUAGUGAAUUUCUUAAAAGAUUCUAAUCUUGAUCAAGAUUAUUGUUUUCCAUUGUAAAUUGGAGAAGGCAUUUGUUGAAUUCAAAAGAAUUUAAGGGAGGUAUGUUUCAAGGGAACUUUUGCAAGAGACCUUUAACAAGUAUGGAGAAGAUUGAUGAAUUUUUUUUCUUUAGUUUUUUCAGCAAAUAGGUAGGAUGCAGAGAUAUAUUUGCAGUGGAUCAUCUUUUUUGUUAUUGCUGCAUAUCUGCAUUAGUGCUAGAAAAGGGGUCAAGGGGUUCAAGCCCCCUCUGCUGAUGUUCUGUUUAUUUCUACUAAACUCUUUGUUUUUUUACUAGGGAAAGUAGAUAAAGUUAAAACAUGUAAGACCUUGCAAUUUUUGGUCAUCAUUUUGUUUUAUGGGAUACAUUCUUUAUUGAUGUCUCUGGUUCUGGCCAGUGCAGAAAACAGGGUUGCAGUUACACUGCAUCAACAACAUCAUCAAGAUAUCUCACUGUUUGUUUGUUUGUUUGUUUGUUUGUUUGUUUGUUUGUUUGUUUGUUUGUUUGUUUGUUUGUUUGUUUCUUUGUUUGUUUGUUUGUUUGUUUCUCUGUUUGUUUGUCCAAGUGAAUGGUAAUUUUUUACCCUGCUUGGUGGGAAGGUGCUGUCGGCUUUCAAAAAAACAACAUAUUUUCAGACACCACAAAAGAAGGUCAAGGGUCAUUUUUCUAGUUAAGAAAAAUAAGAGGCUCAAAGCAUGAGCCUUGUGGGAACCAAAUGUCACUUUAUUUGCAUGUCUGCACUUUAUCCUGAUUGCAUUUCUUCCUGUUUAUAAGGUAUGAUAUUAGAGAAUGAUAAAUCUUUUCAUAAAAGUUUGCUUUAAUUUUUCGCAAAGUCUUUUGUAGUUUGCAGUAUCAAAAGGAUUCUUUUAGUUUAUUAAAGUUAGUCCUUCUUAGUCCCCAAUAGUCAACCUACUCUACCAGGCAUCACUGCUUUUUUAUGCAAGCAGAAAUAGUGCAGAGUGAUUUUUUCUUUCUGUAAACUUUUUGCAAAUUAAUACCCAAGUACUGGUCCAGCUGAUAGAAAACAAUAUUUUCAACAAUACUAGAUAUUGAGGGCGAAAAGAUAUUGGGCAAAUAUUUGAUUUUCCUGUUUUUUCUCUGCCCUUGAGAAUUGAAACAAAUCUGGAAGUUAUCUAGCUAUCAGAUAACACAUUGGCCUGAUGCAUUAAAAAACAAAACCAAAUACUUGUCUAUGAAUUUUUACAUUAUAGAUCUAUCAAAGCUCUUUUCUACUUUGCGAUUUGUUAACUAUAUCUCUUUACUCUAUUUCUACAUCCAGAAAACAGAUGGCUCCACGCCUAGAUUUCUUCUAAUCUGGAUUCAGCUUUUACCCCUCAGCAAGCAUAGGACUGGAAGUAUCAAGUAUCUUAUCUGCUGUCAGAAGGAUUUAUUCUAAGAAAAUGUCAACUUGUGAGCAUGAAAUGUCGCUUCCUCGUCUUCCUGUGCCCCCACUGAGACAGACCAUCAAUAAAUAUUUGUUAUCAGUGCAGCCACUUUUGAACCAACGCGAAUUCCAGGCAACGCAAAAUGCAGCUGAGAAGUUUUUGCAACCUGGAGGCAUUGGAAAAUCUCUGCAAAAGGGUUUGGUAAGAAGAUCAAAGCAAGUUGAAAACUGGCUGAAGGAAUGGCAUGAUGAUGAGUCAUACUUUAGACCAGAUACUCCUGUUAUUUUCAAUGCAAGUCCCGGUAUUGCCUUUCCUAAACAAACCUUCAGUUCAAAUCUUGACUAUUUAAGGUAUGCCGCUACAGCAGUAAAAGCUGUUCUUGAAUUCAAAUCGUUAAUCGACUACGAAGGUCUCCAAACUGAUAUUUCACGCUCCCGGCCGACAGCAAUGGAUCAAUACGGCAAGAUAUUGUCCAGCUGCCGAGUUCCACACCCAAGGAAAGACUACCUCGUUACGAGUCGAGGGAUGAAUUCGAGACAUAUCAUUGUAAUGUGCAAUGAACAGGCCUUUGAAAUAGAUGCUUAUAGAAAAGGUGAAAUUAUAAGUGUAUCGGAAAUAUUGAAGCAGCUAAGAGAAGUGGUCGCGAUGAAAGAGGCCGAAGCAAAGCCACAUUGCAUCGGUGCACUUACGACCACAUGCAGACGACUUUGGGGGCAAACGUUUAACAAGCUCCAGCAAGAUCCUGUCAACCGAAAAAGUUUGGAAAGGAUAAUUCAGUCAGUGUUUGUAUUGUGUCUUGACAAGCCGAAUCGGAUUGUACAACGUGAAAUAUCUGAAGGUGAAGAUAUUGUCAGGUCAGUUUCGAUAAACCAGAUGCUUCAUGGGUGUGGAACCGAGAACAACUCGUGUAACAGAUGGUUCGAUAAGGUUUUCCAGCUGAUAAUUUCUGAAGAUGGUCACGUUGGCUGCUGCUAUGAGCAUUCCGCCGCAGAGGCACCUCCUGUCCAGCGUCUGUGUGAUUACAUCAUCAAGAAGUGCGCUGUCCAAAAUGCUUCUGACCUCGUUCAAGCCAUGCAGGCUCCACACCAAAAGUCUGCGAUACAACUGCAAUGGCGGUUAAGCGAUGAAAUGAAAGAGAAGAUUGCGUUUGCAAAACAAAGCUUGGAUCGGCUGGUUGCAGAUGCUGACAUGCAAUUCAUACGAUACAAUGGCUUUGGCAAGAACAUCCCAAAGGCCAACAAACUAAGCCCAGACGCCUGCAUUCAGUUGGGGCUUCAGCUUGCAUUCUUCAGAUUACACGGACAUAUCCCACCGACCUACGAAACUGCCUCCACAAAGUGGUUUAGGCUUGGUAGAACAGAGACAAUACGAACAGCCUCGAUCGCUUCAAAGGCUUUCUGUGAGUCCAUGGCAGUGCCAAAUCUUCCGGUACAUGAAAAAAGGAAUUUGUUUGUUAAAGCAGCGAAAGAUCAUACAAAGUACACCCUUGAGGCAAUGAGCGGACAAGGCGUGGAUCGCCAUCUUCUUGGCCUCAAAUGUUUGUGCAUUGAAGAGGGUUACCGUCUGCCCGAGCUGUUUCUCGACAAAGGCUACCAAUACAGCAUGUACCACGAGUUAGCGACUAGUCAAGUGCCAUCGCAAUUUGAUUGUGUGACUUGUUAUGGACCGUCAGUUCCAGAUGGCUAUGGAGUUUGAUACAAUCCGUUAGAGAGUCACAUCAGCUUUGCAGUGAGCACCUUAAGGUCACAAUCGGCCACCAGCACCGCACGUUUUGCAGAGGCUCUAAAGACGAGUUUUGAUGAUAUUGGAAACAUUCUUUUAAGUCCGAGAUUUUGAGAGAGUGGGUUUAAUUGAACAAUUCUCGGGUAAUUAUUUAAGUUAAGAUAAAACCUUGUUUUAAAUCGUAAUAACAUUCACACUGACAAGAGGCAGGCUUUUGUCGUUUCGUUUCAGCAAGUAGAACAAUGUUAUUAAUUUUUCCUUCUCAACAUUGAUGUCAUUACCAUCAUAAAAUAUUUAUCAUUUCUUUAAUGCACUAUCAAAUGUUAACUCUACUUUUGAACUGGUCCUUCGUUAAUAAAUUUCGUUUCUAGAAAUGUAAAAAAGGGAAAAAACAACUUGACUAAAUUCAAAAACAGUGGAUAUGGACCGAUCGGCUUGAUUUGUUUUAUAUUUGAUAUCAUCGACGUAAUGGUAUCAAUCUAUACGAGAAUAUUCAAAGUUUCUAACUUAUCUCUCUGAUAUAACAUGGCCAUUUCAGAGUAAGCAAAGCUCUUUGAUAAUCAAACCUACAAGCUUACAGCUUUCACAUAAUCGACCAGCCUAAAGGUCUGUUCAUAUGAGAAGAGUUGUCCCACUGAGAUGGGAAAGCCCACUGAGGUGAGACCCAAUCGAUAAACUGACUUGUAUGAAGAAAUAACAUUACGUUCAUAUGAGAGGUUAACUAUCCAACUUGAGUGAGAUCUAGCUGUCGUGCCAGUGGGAUCUCACUGAGGUGGGAUAAAGAUCUCCCAUAUGAACACGUUCCUAGGUUAGGUGGGAUGAAUCUGUCAGUAUUGCGCAAGCGCGAAUUAGCAGGAUUUCCAAUUCAACAUGGCUGCUAGCAUAUCUGGACACGAAGAACCAAAGAAAAAGAAUUUUCGAUGGUCAACCGCCAUGUUUGAAAAUCUAAUUACAUGCUUUAUAAAACGAAGAUGGAGUACCAACAUUUAGAUUUUGAUGCUGAUAUGCCUACCCAAAUUAAGGCCGUGAGGGAGGAAAUGGCGAGACUACAAAACAAACGAGAGUUUGGUCCAGUUGGGCUAUCUGAUUCCACGAAACCCAUCGCAGAGAUGUCUGUCGAAGAAAAAACACACAUUUUCACAACGAGACUGGCUCACCUCGGCGGGAUAAAAUGCCCAUAUGAACGUAACCUGAUAAUCAGCUCGCUUCGGUGGGAUAUCCCUCUUCAGUGGGAUAACUCACCUCAUUUGAACAGGCCCUAAAGUGCUAUUUUUGCAAUACAGUCCAACAAUUGGCAUUCUGUUAAUUGCCUGACUGCCAUAUUGUACUUCGUUUUUGCUGUUGUUGCUCAUCUUUGGCUAAGUCAUGAAAAAAGCAAAGAGUUUGUGACGAAAAUCGGAGGCAUAUAGUUACGUGUUUGUUCAAUGAGUAGGAUAACAUAGUUGAAGCUGGCCGAUAUUUCAACAAAAUGAGAUCUAUUUUGCCUAGGUUCAAAAAUCCUCGUCAUGAAAUAUGGAACCACGCACUCUUUUGCUGCUUCACUUUUGUUUCCGGCCUUUCUUGUUACUCUCAUGUGUGACUCUAUCUAAAUAAGUUAUUCUUAUUCUGUGAGCUGAGCAGCGCAACAGCGGCAUCUUCUUACCUUACUGGGGCAUGCUUUGUCCUCCUUUGAGCAGAUUUCAAGCCUUUUUACAGCAGAUUAAGUUUCCACCAUUGGAAUUGAUUUAGUCAACCGAAAUUUGCCAACGUUAAAGCUAGCUUGAAGAAAAUUAUGGUCUGAUUUUAUACGAAUUCCAUUAAAAAAAAUGAUCACAAAGAAUGAAAAGAUAAGAAAUGAAAAAAAUUAAAUCAAGGUAUUUGAAGUAUGCUUAAGGAAAAAAUAGUAUUUUCUCUCUCGCAACUGUUAGAUUUUGGUUAAAUAAAAUUUUAUGGGUUUUUCUUCUACCGAUUCAAAAAACCUUUUCGCCUUGCCUUAACAAUUUUGUGCAAUAAAUGCAAGUUACACGUACUCGAAUGAAAAAAGACAGUUUUGGAAAUAAAGGAUUUGUAAAGCAUUAACCUUUGUUGUACAAGCUUGACAAUUGAAGAUGGGUGGAUAGGCCGUUUUAGAACUGCUAACUGAGGGGCAAAUCACUUCCGAAAAUUUUUACGAGAUUAUUAAUCAAAAGAUAUUAUUUUGUGAUUAAAGUCAUUGUUUUGUGAUUAAUGUGAUUUUUUGUUUUUUAAUGGAUUAUUUUUUUUAUUUUUGUGAUUACUUUUUGAUUAUUUCAUGAUUAUUUGAUUAUUUUGUGAUUAUAUUGGGAUUAUUUUGUGAUUAUUUUGCAAGUUUUUGUAAAUAUUUUGCAAUUAAUUUCAAUUUGUAUCAAUCUUUAAAAAAUAAGAGAUUUUUGCAUGCUAGAAAUAGAACAUGAAUACUGCUUUUCGGAAAAAUCAAUAUUUCAAGUUUCCAUGCCCUUGACCAUGAUGGCCAUAUUUAGACAAAGGAUUUCGUGGCUUGACCUAGAAAUGAUAUCUUAGGCCAUCUCGCUUCGCUGCUUUCGUCAGCGCUCUUGCCCUAUAAUUUUAACCGGCAUUCCUGCAUAAGACAGGCUUUCUAGCGUGCAAUCCCCCUAAACACAAACUGAUACAUUAUGUUUUGACCAUAGGCUUAGACUUGCAUUUUUUUCAGGGGGGGGGGGCUAAAAAAAUUAAUGACAAUUCCUAAUGGCAGCUGCUGAUGUCACAGGAUAGAAAGUUUUUCCGUGCAUUUUUCAUUAUCGAGGAAGAAAAAACACACAAAUGAAAUGAUUGAAAGUUUAUUUUUAAAUCAUAAUCAGUUUUUUAAGGUUGAGAUCAUCAGAUCUAUUUAGGCACCCAAAAUGUACUCUUUCUCGCGGCAUUUCUUGAUAUGAAGGUGUCAACAAGUUCAUCAAUUGACAGAUCUUAUCACAAAUUUGUCCAUAGCUAUUAUCAUGUCAGCAAAGAUCGCACGUUGCUUUCCUCUGAUGCUUCCAGCCUCUCUGAAGGAUUGGCCUCGAGUUGGAUCUGACCUUAUGUUCACAAUAAUUUCAUACUUUAUUUUGUUGUAAAUGCAAUUAUCUAAUGCAACAAAUCCUAUACGUGAAACCAAUAAUAUAACAAACUAAUCUAAAAAUUGGUAAAGCACUUACUUAUUUUCCAGGGGGGGGGCUCAGCCCCCCUCGGUUUUCGUCAGGAGGGGCUGAAGCCCCAGAGCCCCCCCUUAGUUUACGCCUAUGGUUUUGACAAUUUAAAAGCCGAAAGGGAAGAGAGAUGAAUUUUCAAUUUGUUUCUUUUAAUUAAGAAUGUUUAUACAUUACUUUCUUAUAAGAUAAUUUCAUAUAUGCAUACUUUCUUUUAAGAUUAUUUCAAUGAAUUUCGAGACUGGCUAAUAUUCUUGAUUUAUUCUUAGAUUUUACCAAUUUUGAGUCUCAAUAAACUUAUGACAAGAAUAUCAAAAUUUUAAUAUUGUUAGCAUUGUCUAAAAUUUCAAAAGGUUCAAGAAUUGGUAAUGUUUGUCAUGUAUGGCAAUAAUCGUUAUAUUUUUUGUCUUUGCUAUGAAGUUUUUUUCCAUGGAGCAUUUUCUUUUCCAUAUUUCUAAUCCUCCUGAAGUAUGUCAUUGGUCUUCCUCUCAACGACCAACGUUUUCUGUUGUGAAAGAAGUAAAUAAUGUUUUUAAAUAUAUCUGAAAUAACUUUACGUUGUAAAUUUUUCCAGUUGGAAAUUGGCAACCAGGGUCACUGUGAGUAUUUGCUUCCCUUGUGAUCAUUUUCAUGCACCUUUGGAACGAAAUGGGGGUAAAGAUCAAAUUAGAAUUGCUAUGAUGUUUUCUGAAAUGCAUUUGAAGCAAGUCUGUUUGGGUGUUAUGGUUAUGGUUAUUUGAUUUCUAUUUUUCUUUUUCAAAUUGUUAUUUGUUAUUUUUUUAUUCUUACUAUUAUUAUUCAAACAAAGCUAAUAUUAAAUUAUCGUCAUUUCGCAUCAAACUGGGCACAUGGCUCUGAUAGCUCCUUCGUGAGUUUUUUCCAUGUGUCCAUCAGCUGAUCUUAUAUAAUAUCUUAUGUUGUUCCCUGUAAUGUAAUCUUUAUUGUUAUUAAUGAUUGUAUCUUAACAACUAGCAUGACGUAUCUUGUAAUUAAUUGAUUUUUGUUGCUGAAAGAAAAAAAAGUUUUGAUUUUGAUUUUGUGUAGUUAUGCCAUACUUUAGGAAAUAUUCAUAUCACAGCAUAUUUCCAGAAGUAAGGGGUUAAUUGGCGGGGCACUUAGAAAAUUUGCUGACCACGUCCUUUAUUUUUGCUAUUAGUGUAAGCAAAGGUACAAAGGUACUGCUACAAAGGUACUAGAAGAAAAUUGAUUGGUGAUUUUUAGUGGUAUCGCAAUAGAGUUGUCAAGUGAGGAUAUCACAAAAAUCUAUUUUUAGAAUUGUUCAAAUUUGUUUCCAUAACCCGAAAGAGCAUCAUGAAAUACAUCUAAAUUUACAAAAUCCUCAUCAAAUCCCUGUAACUGAGCCAAAAUAACAGUAAUCCGUUAGCAAACUUUAAAUCUUCUAUUAGCCAUAGCUCACCCGAUUUUUGACAAAUUUAACUGAUUUUGCAUAAACGGGAAUUAUU